UUCUCUGUUCUGCUGACAAGCACACCCUCUGUCACCAGCUCAGCAUCAUGAAGGUCUCCAUCGCUGCCCUUGCUGUUCUUCUCUGUACCAUGGCUCUCUGCAGCCAAGUCUUCUCAGCACCAUAUGGAGCUGACACCCCGACUGCCUGCUGCUUCUCCUACAGCCUACAGAUUCCACGCAAAUUCAUCACUGACUAUUUUGAGACCAGCAGUCUUUGCUCCCAGCCAGGUGUCAUUUUCCUGACCAAGAGAAACCAGCAGAUCUGCGCUGACCUCAAAGAGACCUGGGUCCAAGAAUACAUCACUGACUUGGAACUGAAUGACUAA